AAUUUCAAUUCUGUGGUUAUCAGAUAGUGAUAUCAUCUUUCAAGUGAGAAUUUUGUUAUCUCUGAAAAAUCAGUUUGAUAUCAUAUGCUUAUGGUUUAACAAGAACCAUUUUGAUUCUGCCAUACUUGCCAUUUCAUGCAAGCUUGAGCCAUUAUUCAACUGAGUUCCAACAAGUAUUACUCGGUUGAUUGACAUGCAUGAUUUUUUUUUUCUUGUUCACUUGAAAUUCAGCAUACAAAUGUUGGUAUAAAAAAAUCUAACCCCGGUAGUCAAACUGCUCUUUUUAACUUAUAUUAAAUAUGGCAAACGAAUUCAAGGUUUUCGUCUAUAUCACAGCCAUUCUCGGUACUGGUUAUGGCCUCAUGAAAUAUACCGUGCCCGAUGAAGAAACGAUGAAGAAGCGUCUUGAUCCUGCUUUAAGAAGAGAAUAUGAACAAGUCAAAGCAGCUAAUCGUGAAAAGGGUCAGCAUAUGAUGGAUCUUAUGCGAGAAGCAGCCGAAACAAACAAGCCUGCUUGGGAAAUUGCCAAUGAUCAACUCAACCGUAACAGCAAAUAAACGCGAUAAAAACUACAAACUUUUUUUUAAUUAUUAUUAUUAAAUG